AUGUCACAUUCACGUCAACGGCACUACGACUCUGGGCGCUUGGCCUAUGAUGACGAACGGGAAGACUACCAUGAUCGGGAUCGAGCUUACAGCCAGAACUACGAUCGAGAACGUGACCCAACGGGCUGGAGGGAGAGACGGGAUGGUUCCUAUUCACCCCGAGGUCGUGACCGCGCCUACCAGGAUAACGCCCCUAGGCACGAUUCGCGCGACCGGCUCUCCCCACCAUACAGGAGGUUGGAAAGGUCUCGUUCGCCUUACUAUCCGUCGAAUGACACCAGACCACCACGACGAAAUAGCUCACGAUCGCCGUCGCCGGACUCGCGACAUUAUCGACGGUCAUCGCCGUACGGUCGAGAUCCCGAAAGACAAAGCCGACGUCAGUACUACGAUCGAGAUGCACCGGAACGUUACGAUGAUAGGGGGCCGUACUAUGGCCAACCCUCGCGGGAUAUCAUGCUGGAAGGAAUUGGCGGGGAUAUGACCGAUCACGACGUUGCUACCCUCUUACCCUUUGCUGUUUGA